UAGAACGUUUCUUCCAAAGCUCACCCUUCCUAUCUCCGAGCGUCGAGUGGUCCUUCAUGAAAGACGGCAUGCUCACUCACCGAAACCCACUAGAAAACCCCUCUCCCUGACUCCCUCUCCCUCUAUAGUUUUUCUCUAAUGGCCGCCGUUCCCGCGCUCUCCCCCUCAUUACGCACAAUUUCUCUUCAGGCUCCUCCUUCUUCAGCAUCUUCGAAGCCCAACCACCUACAAUUACCUUCUACUUUCACAUUGAGCUCCCUAUUCGGAACAAGAAUCGCGAUUCAAACCUCAAGCCCAUGUCGUUCCUUUCCCCAUGGCAAGUAUUGCCGUGCGGCAUCCGCCACCGUCUCGCUUAGUCUUCCGUCCACGAAACCCCCGGCGGCUACUCCUGAGAAUUUUCCAAAAUGGUCAGCAAGGGCGAUAAAAUCAUUUGUGAUGGCGGAAUUGGAAGCGAGGAAGCUCAAGUAUCCCAACACAGGAACAGAAGCCCUUCUGAUGGGUAUUUUAGUAGAAGGAACAAGUAAAGCGGCAAAGUUCUUGCGAGCUAAUGGAAUUACUCUUCUCAAAGUACGGGAAGAAGCAUUAGAACUUCUUGGGAAAUCUGACAUGUACUUCUUUAGUCCUGAGCAUCCUCCAUUGACUGAGCCAGCUCAAAAAUCCGUUGAUUGGGCUGUUGAAGAGAAAUUGAAGUCAGGUGAAGGUGGGGAGAUAACCGUGAGUCAUUUGCUCCUAGGAAUUUGGUCACAAAAAGAAUCAGCUGGUCACCAAAUCCUGGCUGCCCUGGGCUUCAAUGAUGAAAAAGCCAAAGAAGUUGCUACAUUGUUGAACGGUGAUGUUGAUUUGAGCUUCAAGCAGCAGGCCUAAGAACUUUGCUUCAGUAACUUAUUGAGGUUGCAAAUAAACCACUCUCUUUCUCAGUGCAAGUUUACCAACAAAGUUUCUGCAUGAUGGUCCUUUUAGACAUCUUGAUUCCAAAUUCUGCGCUACGCCAAUUGGAGGCUCUGCAGUUUUCUCAGUAUCCCGACAAGCUUUUGGAGAAGAGUUCAAGAACUCAGUCUUUUGAUUUUGUAUCUUCGAUUGAUCAAGUUGUAUAACUGGUUGAAGCCUUUCUAAUAUUUAAGCCUUGGAUUGGGAUCCAUCUGUAAACUGUCUUUCUUCUCUUGGAGGCAAAUCACCCCUUUUGUUUUUUAAAAUUUUCACGGAAA